CAAGGGUUCAUGGGUAGCGUAUUUACAAAGGAGUCUCUCCGCCAGCCCGUGCCACCGCUGCUAAUGAGAGCGGUCAUUAAGUAAAUGAGACGUCGCCUUCAGCUGGCUUAGGAGUUCGCACACUAAAGGGAGAAGAUAUUUAAUUGAAACCCGCACACAGGCUUCCCCACAUGUGACCGCUGGAAGCGAGGCAGCCGCCUCGCCUCUCCUCCCGUCCAUCCGCACCCCCCAUGUAAAUUUCAUGAUUGCUUUCCGUGAUGUCAUUUUGAAAGAGGACAGACAAUAGCUGUGGGGAAAGAAAAUGAGUUCCGGGGUGAGCUUCUGAGUCAGAGGUGGACACACGGAGACAAGGCUGACAACUGUAGGACCCCAAGACUCUUCCUGGGCGGACGCGGCAAGAUGAGCUUAGAAAAUGAUGAAAAGAGAGCUCGUACAAGAUCCAAGGCCCUCCGAGCUCCCCUGGAGCCCACAGGAGCUGACCUCAGCUGUCCCACCCCUGGAUGCACGGGCUCGGGGCAUAUCCGUGGCAAGUACUCCAGGCACCGAAGUCUGCAGAGCUGCCCUCUGGCCAAGAAGAGGAAGCUAGAGGGCCCCGAGGCCGAGCACCUGGGGUCCAAGCGGAAGGCACCCCCGCUGAAGCUGGCUCUGGACGAGGGCUACGGCGUGGACAGUGACGGCAGCGAGGAUGCUGAGGUGAAGGACGCCUCUGUUUCUGAUGAAUCGGAAGGAACUGUGGAGGAGGACGAGGCCGAGGCGUCGGGACAGGAGGAGAUUCAUCGCCCCGAGCCAGCUGAAGGAAGGAGCCCAAUAAAGGCGCAUUUUGGAUCCAAUCCCAUCAGCAGCCCCUCUGGCUCCUCCAAGGGCAGCUACAGCAGCUAUCAGGAAAUCAUUGCAACUUCUCUCCUAAAUUUGGGCCAAAUCGCUGAAGAGACCCUGGUUGGCGGAGACUCAGGCCAGGUGGCCACGCCAGGCCUAGUUCAGGAGGCUGAGGAAGAAGCCACCAGUGACGAGGGGGAGAAGGAGGACUUUAUCCAGCCGGAGGACGUGGAGGAGGUGAUUGAAGUCACCAGUGAGCGCUCUCAGGAGCCGUGUCCCCAGUCUCUGGAGAGUGUGGCCAGUGAGGCAUCCAGCAAGCAGAAAGUGACCCUGGGCAACGAGGAGGAAGAGGAAGAGGAGGAGGAAGAUGACGAGGAGGAAGAAGAUGACGAGGAGGACGAGGAAGACGAGGAGGAGGCCCCGCCUGAUGUAAUCUGCCAGGAGGAUGCCCCCCACGUUCCUGCCCCAAAGAGCCCUCAGCCCCGGGGCCCGGUGCCUCCCAGCCCCAAGCCCGGGUACUCCGUCCUGGUGGAGGUGCGGUCCGAUGACGGCAAAGACGAGGACUCGCGCUCCCAGAAGUCUGCGGUCACAGACGAGUCGGAGAUGUACGACAUGAUGACCCGUGGCAACCUGGGCCUCCUGGAGCAGGCCAUUGCCCUGAAGGCCGAGCAGGUGCGGGCUGUCUGUGAGCCGGGAUGCCCACCUGCCGAGCAAGGCUCACUGGGCCCGGGCGAGCCAGGGAAGGCAGCGAGGCCCCUGGACGCUGCCCGGAAGAACUACUGCAGCAAAGAUCCCUCAAGAACUGAAAAGCGUGAGAUCAAGUGUCCGACACCAGGCUGUGAUGGCACCGGCCAUGUCACUGGGCUGUACCCACACCACCGCAGCCUGUCUGGCUGCCCCCACAAGGACAGGAUCCCCCCGGAGAUCCUGGCCAUGCACGAGAACGUGCUCAAGUGCCCCACUCCUGGCUGCACAGGCCAGGGCCACGUGAACAGCAACCGUAACACGCACAGAAGUUUGUCUGGAUGUCCCAUUGCUGCUGCCGAAAAAUUAGCCAAAUCUCAUGAGAAGCAACAGCCACAGCCAGGAGAGCCUUCCAAGAAUAGCUCCAAUUCGGAUCGGAUCCUCAGGCCCAUGUGCUUCGUGAAGCAGCUUGAGGUCCCUCCAUACGGAAGCUACCGGCCCAGCGUGGCCCCCACCACACCCAGGGCCAACCUGGCCAAGGAGCUGGAGAAGUUCUCCAAGGUCACCUUUGACUACGCAAGUUUUGAUGCUCAGGUUUUUGGUAAGCGCAUGCUUGCCCCAAAGAUUCAGACCAGCGAAACCUCACCGAAAGCCUUUAAAUGCUUCGACUACGCCCACGACGCAGAGGCCGCACACAUGGCUGCCACUGCCAUCCUGAACCUCUCCACGCGCUGCUGGGAGAUGCCUGAGAACCUCAGCACGAAGCCACAGGACCUGCCCAGCAAGGCCGUGGAAAUUGAGGUGGAUGAGAACGGAACUCUGGACUUGAGCAUGCACAAGCACCGCAGGCGGGAGAACACUUUCCCCAGCGGGAGCAGCAGCAGCAGCAGCCCUGGCGUGAAGUCACCUGAUGCCUGCCAGCGCCAGAGCAGUACCAGCGCCCCCAGCAGCUCCCUGACCUCACCCCCGUCCAGCCACGCUUCCCGCCAGGAUGAGUGGGACCGGCCUCUGGACUACACUAAGCCCAGCCGCCCACGAGAGGAGGAGCCUGAGGAGUCAGAGCCAGCAGCCCAUUCUUUUGCUUCUUCUGAAGCAGAUGACCAGGAAGUGUCGGAGGAGAAUUUUGAGGAGCGGAAGUACCCCGGGGAGGUCACCCUGGCCAACUUUAAGCUGAAGUUUCUCUCCAAGGACAUAAAGAAGGAGCUGCUCACCUGCCCUACCCCUGGUUGUGACGGCAGUGGCCACAUCACUGGGAACUAUGCCUCCCACCGCAGCCUCUCUGGUUGCCCUCUUGCUGACAAGAGCCUCAGAAACCUCAUGGCUGCCCAUUCUGCUGACCUCAAGUGCCCCACGCCCGGCUGUGAUGGCUCAGGCCACAUAACGGGGAACUACGCGUCGCACCGGAGCUUGUCAGGCUGCCCUCGUGCCAAGAAAAGCGGAGCCAAGGCCACACCUGCAAAGGACGACAAGGAAGACCCCGAGCUGAUGAAGUGCCCGGUUCCAGGCUGUGUGGGGCUUGGUCACAUCAGCGGCAAAUACGCCUCUCACAGAAGCGCGUCCGGCUGCCCGCUGGCAGCUCGGAGGCAGAAGGAGGGUUCCCUCAAUGGCUCCUCUUUUUCCUGGAAGUCCCUGAAGAAUGAGGGGCCCGCCUGCCCCACCCCGGGCUGCGACGGCUCCGGUCACGCCAAUGGGAGCUUCCUCACCCACCGCAGCUUGUCUGGCUGUCCCAGAGCGACCUUUGCAGGAAAGAAGGGAAAGCUCUCAGGGGAUGAGGUUCUUGGCACGAAAUUCAAGACAAGUGAUGUGCUGGACAACGAUGAGGAGAUCAAGCAGCUGAACCAGGAGAUUCGAGACCUGAACGAGUCCAACUCUGAGAUGGAGGCCGCCAUGCUGCAGCUGCAGUCCCAGAUCUCGUCCAUGGAGAAAAGCCUGAAGAACAUCGAGGAGGAGAACAAGCUCAUCGAGGAGCAGAACGAAGCCCUGUUUCUGGAGCUGUCGGGCCUGAGCCAGGCCCUCAUCCAAAGUCUUGCCAACAUCCGCCUUCCGCACAUGGAGCCGAUAUGUGAGCAGAAUUUUGACGCCUAUGUCAGCACCCUCACCGACAUGUACUCCAACCAGGAGUGCUACCAGAACCCCGAGAACAAGGACCUCCUCGAGAGCAUCAAGCAGGCCGUGAGGGGCAUCCAGGUCUAGGCCUCCUUGUGUGAGGAGCCACCAUGCUGACUCGGGGCGCCCAGGGCACCCCGACUCGCCUCUGUCUUUUACCUCCCUAGCCCUGCCCUCCCAGUGGAGAUUCCCACUCACAGUGACUUCUCGUUGGCAGCCCAGGGUGGCCUCGGCGAGGGGGUGGGAGUGUUUAGCCAGAGGAGUGCCUGGAAAUCCUCGUCUCCCUCGAUGUGACGCACGCGCCAGGCCAGAGGCCUUGACCUCUCAAUGUGAGUGCGGGGCGUGAAGUAUUACAAAGUGAUUUAUUUUUGCUUCUGAAAGCUCGAAGUCUCCAAUGGAAACUCACGGACAAGGUUCUCAGGGAAGUUUUGGAGCUGCAACCACAGUAUUCCUUUGUCUGUCAAGGCCGAGAGGGCAGCCUGGCCGGGCGGGUGGUGCGUGUGACGAGUCAGCCUGGAGUGGCCAGUGUGCCCACGCGGUGAGGCCGCUGUGACAAGUGUGUUUCCUGUUGUCCUUUAAUUCACUUUUAUGUUAAGCGUGGAAGAGAGCAGCGUUCCAGAGGGUAGGUUAGGAACAGGCCUGGAGGAAGCUGGCCCGGGACCCCCUGAAGACAGCGCUGGCUCCACAGGGAAGCACCUCUGGCGGAGCCUGCAGACCCUGUGCUCAGGGUCAGGCUCCCUCAAGGCUGCAGCCUUUAGACCCAGGUCGGGGUCAAGGUCAGGGCCUCUGGCUGUCUGUGUGCCCACCUGGCUUGUGACCCACCACUGCCCAUCACCGGGUCAUGGCUGAGCUUUACUGAGGUGGGGGAAGUGACAGCAAGGUCAGGGGAUAAAUUCCUGACUGGAGACCACCAAGGUAUCACUUCUUUUUAGAUCCAUUCGAGAUUCAAAAGAAGAUAAAGUUUGAUUUAGUGUGUUAAAAACACAAUGUUCCUAACAUGUAAAUAGAGUCCAAGCCAACUGUGACUGCGAUUCCAAGUUAGUAUUUAAAAGUAGAGAAAUUGCACUUCCUGGAAGAAAUGAGAAAGUAGUUAGUUUAAUUAUUCUGUAAAUUAUUUAAUUUUGUCAAAAUGUAAGUAUUUAUAUUCACAACCUCUUAUGUUAAUGUUGGCUAUUUAUUUAACAUUUUUAUUUAUUAAUUUUAUACUAUUUUACCUAGACCCCACACCAGGACAUAUGAGAGGGAAGUAAAUGAAAUCAAAGCAAACUUAACUAUUUGACUAUGAGAAGGGCCACAAAAAAAUCUUGCUGUAACUUCUAGUUAUGAUUUUAAUGCAACUGAGUUAUUUUUUAUAUAUUUUGUUAUUUAUUCUUUUUAAUAAUGGAGUUUUUAAAAAGUAUUUUGUAACUGAGGAAUUUUGAUAAUUUGGGGAUGUUUCCCCUUUGGUCCAAUGGAAAGAAAGACUUUUUGGUUCUCUUCAUCCCUUUGGCUCCUUUUGUUUCAGGCACGGACGACAGCAAAUGGCAUUCUGUGUUUAUUGUUUAUUUAAGUGUAGUGCAGCUGUGUGCUCUGGCGUGUCUCUUGUGUUGCGUCUGUGUGCCGGUUCUUGAUGGCUGAGUCCUAUCGCUGUGAGGGGCGCUGGCUGCAGGCCGCCCUGAGCAGCUCCCGCUCUAGGCUCCUGUCCUCUGACAGCUCUGAUACUGUGAUCCUCCUUCCUCAGGAAACGCUGACCCCACAGCACAGCACUUCUCAGUGUGUUUGCAGGGUGAUUUCCUAAUAAAAGUCCACUCUGACUGUGA